UCUUCUCGGGCUCCCGCCGAGCGGACCGGCGUGGCGGCCGCAGUUACAGCAUCCAUCCUCGUGUCUGCGGGAGUAGAGCCCGCGGCCAUCCCGGUCCGAGCAGCGCGGCUCCGGCCCGUGCCCGCCCCGCGGGGCGAGAUGCAGCCUGUGUACGCGGAGGCAAAGCCCAACCCUCUGCAGGACGCGAACCUCUGCUCGCGCGUGUUCUUCUGGUGGCUCAAUCCCUUGUUUAAGAUUGGUUAUAAACGGAGAUUAGAAGAAGAUGACAUGUACUCAGUGCUUCCUGAAGAUCGCUCCAAGUACCUCGGAGAAGAGCUGCAAGGGUUCUGGGACAAAGAAGUUUUAAGAGCCGAGGAUAAUGCACAGAAGCCUUCUUUAACAAAAGCAAUCAUAAAGUGUUACUGGAAGUCCUAUUUAGUUUUGGGAAUUUUUGCAUUUAUUGAGGAAGGCACCAGAGUAAUUCAGCCUGUAUUUUUGGGGAAAAUGAUUAAUUAUUUUGAAAAUUAUGAUCCCACGGAUACUGUGGCUUUGCACACAGCUUAUGCCUAUGCCACAGGACUGACUAUCUGCGCGCUGAUUUUGGCCAUACUGCACCACUUAUAUUUUUAUCACGUUCAGUGUGCUGGGAUGAGGUUAAGAGUAGCCAUGUGCCAUAUGAUUUAUCGGAAGGCACUUUGUCUUAGUAACAUGGCCAUGGGGAAGACAACCACAGGCCAGAUAGUCAAUCUGUUGUCCAAUGAUGUGAACAAGUUUGAUCAGGUCACAAUCUUUUUACACUUUCUGUGGGCAGGACCACUGCAAGCUAUUGCAGUGACUGUUCUUCUCUGGAUGGAGAUAGGAGUAUCGUGUCUUGCUGGGAUGGCAGUUCUGAUUAUUCUUCUGCCUUUGCAAAGCUGUAUCGGGAAGUUGUUCUCAUCACUGCGGAAUAAAACUGCUGCUUUCACAGACGCCAGGAUCAGGACCAUGAAUGAAGUUAUAACUGGCAUAAGAAUAAUUAAAAUGUAUGCUUGGGAAAAGCCAUUUGCAGACCUUAUUGCCAAUUUGAGAAGAAAGGAAAUCUCCAAGAUACUGAGAAGUUCCUACCUCAGAGGGAUGAAUUUGGCAUCAUUUUUCAGUGCAAGCAAAAUUAUCGUGUUUGUGACCUUCACCUGCUAUGUGCUCCUUGGCAACGUGAUCACGGCCAGCCAAGUGUUUGUGGCAGUGUCGCUGUAUGGAGCUUUGCGGUUGACAGUCACCCUCUUCUUCCCCUCUGCCAUUGAGAGGGUGUCAGAGUCGAUCGUCAGCAUCCAAAGAAUCCAGGACUUUCUAUUACUUGAUGAAAUAUCAAAACGCAACCCUGACCCUCUAUCAGAUCGUAAAAGGAUAGUCCACGUGCAAGAUUUUACUGCUUUUUGGGAUAAGGAGGCAGAAACCCCAACCCUACAAGGCCUUUCUUUCACUGUCCGACCUGGUGAAUUGUUAGCAGUGAUUGGACCUGUGGGAGCAGGGAAGUCAUCCCUGUUGAGUGCUGUGCUUGGGGAGCUGCCCCCGAGUCAGGGGCUGGUCAGCAUGCAUGGAAGAAUUGCCUAUGUUUCUCAGCAGCCCUGGGUGUUUUCAGGAACUGUAAGAAGUAAUAUUUUAUUUGGGAAGAAAUAUGAAAGGGAACGAUACGACAAAGUCAUAAAGGCUUGUGCUCUGAAAAAGGACUUACAGCUUCUGGAGGAUGGGGAUCUGACGGUGGUAGGAGAUAGGGGAACCAUGCUGAGUGGAGGGCAGAAGGCACGUGUGAACCUCGCAAGAGCAGUGUAUCAAGACGCCGACAUCUACCUCCUGGACGAUCCCCUCAGUGCAGUAGAUGCAGAAGUUGGCAAGCAUCUGUUUGACCUGUGUAUUUGUCAAACCUUGCACGAGAAGAUCACAAUUCUGGUGACUCAUCAGUUGCAGUAUCUCAAAGCUGCAAGUCAGAUCCUGAUACUAAAAGAUGGUGAAAUGGUGCAGAAGGGGACGUACACUGAGUUUCUAAAAUCUGGGGUGGAUUUUGGUUCCCUUUUGAAGAAGGAAAAUGAGGAUGCCGAACAGCCCUCAGUGUCAGAGACCCUCACGCUGAGGAGUCGGACCUUCUCAGAGUCUUCGAUUUGGUCUCAGCAGUCAUCUAGACCUUCAUUGAAGGAUGGUGCUCUGGAGGGAGUUCAAGAUACUGACAAUGUACAGGCAACACUACCGGAAGAGAACCGAUUGGAAGGAAAAGUUGGUUUUAAGGCCUAUAAGAAUUACUUGAAAGCUGGUGCACACUGGACAGUCAUCAUUUUCCUUAUUCUCCUAAACAUUGCAGCUCACGUUGCCUAUAUUCUCCAGGAUUGGUGGCUUUCUUACUGGGCAACCAAACAGAGUAUGCUGAACGUCACUGUAAAUGGAGGAGAAGUCGUAACUGAGAAGCUAGAUGUUAACUGGUACUUAGGAAUUUACUCAGGUUUAACGGUAGCUACCGUCCUCUUCGGCAUAGCAAGAUCUCUGUUGUCAUUCUACGUCCUUGUUAAUUCUUCACAAACAUUGCACAACAGAAUGUUUGAGUCAGUUCUGAAAGCUCCUGUAUUAUUCUUUGAUAGAAAUCCGAUAGGAAGAAUUUUAAAUCGUUUCUCCAAAGACAUCGGACAUUUGGACGAUUUGCUGCCUAUGACAUUUUUAGAUUUUGUCCAGAUAUUUCUUCAAAUGGUUGGUGUGAUUGCCAUGUCUGUGGCCGUGAUUCCUUGGAUGGCAAUACCUUUGGUUCCUCUUGGCAUCGCUUUCAUUUUUCUUCGGCAGUAUUUCUUAGAAACAUCAAGAGAUGUCAAACGCCUGGAAUCUGCAAUGGUACUUGGUGGAAUUUUACAUUCUGAAGUCACCCUCCAUCCCACAGGCUGUUCAUCUCCUUCAGAGAGAGCACGGAGUCCGGUGUUUUCCCACCUAUCGUCUUCUCUCCAGGGGCUCUGGAUCAUUCGGGCAUACAAAGCUGAAGAGAGGCUUCAGGAGCUGUUUGAUGCACAUCAGGAUUUACACUCAGAGGCUUGGUUCUUAUUUCUGACAACAUCCCGAUGGUUCGCCGUGCGUUUGGAUGCCAUCUGUACCAUUUUUGUGAUCGCUCUUGCCUUUGGCUGUCUGCUUCUGGCAAAAACUUUGGAUGCUGGGCAGGUUGGCUUGGUGUUGUCCUAUGCCCUCACCCUCACGGGGAUGUUCCAGUGGGGUGUUAGACAAAGCGCUGAACUUGAGAAUAUGAUGAUUUCUGUAGAAAGGGUUAUUGAAUAUACAAAUCUUGAAAAAGAAGCACCUUGGGAAACCCAGAAACGCCCGCCCGCAUCCUGGCCCCAUGAAGGCACGAUCAUCUUUGAUAAUGUUAACUUCAUGUACAGUUUAGACGGGCCUGUGGUACUCAAGCACCUGACAGCCCUCAUCAAAUCACAGGAAAAGGUUGGCAUUGUAGGAAGAACAGGAGCUGGAAAAAGUUCCCUCAUUGCAGCCCUUUUUAGAUUGUCAGAACCUGAAGGGAAAAUUUGGAUUGAUAAGAUCUUGACAACUGAGAUUGGACUUCACGAUUUAAGGAAGAAAAUGUCCAUCAUUCCUCAGGAACCUGUUUUGUUUACUGGAACAAUGAGGAAAAACCUGGAUCCCUUUAAUGAGCACACAGAUGAGGAACUCUGGAAUGCCUUAAGUGAGGUACAGCUCAAGGAAGCCAUUGAAGAUCUUCCUGGUAAAAUGGAUACUGAAUUAGCAGAAUCAGGAUCCAAUUUUAGUGUUGGACAGAGACAAUUGGUGUGCCUUGCCCGGGCAAUUCUCAGGAAGAAUCGGAUAUUGAUUAUUGACGAAGCGACAGCAAAUGUGGAUCCAAGAACCGAUGAGUUAAUACAAAAAAAAAUCCGGGAGAAGUUUGCCCAUUGCACCGUGCUGACCAUUGCGCACAGACUGAACACCAUUAUUGACAGUGACAAGAUAAUGGUUUUGGAUUCAGGAAGAUUGAAAGAAUAUGAUGAGCCAUAUGUUUUGCUGCAAAAUGAAGACAGCCUAUUUUACAAGAUGGUACAACAACUGGGCAAGGCAGAAGCCGCUGCCCUCACUGAAACAGCAAAACAGGUGUACUUCAAAAAGAAUUAUCCAGAAAUUAUGCCGACUGACCAUGUGGGGAACACUUCCAACGGACAACCCUCAGCCUUAACUAUUUUUGAGACAGCGCUGUGAUUCUACCAAGAUGUCACAUCUAUUCCAUUUUCUAAUAGUUUUUGCACUGUGUAAACUAUAUUGUACUUUUAUACUCUGUCAACAAAUACUUAUACAGACAUGAUGUUAGCUCAUUUGGAUUCCCCCCCCACCUUAUUCAGUGGUAUGAAGUUCUACCAAAAAAUGAUUUAUUUUUAUUUAAAUGUUAUUGUUGUGGUUAUUUUUUAAUGAGAGGUGCAGGCCACCCACAAAAGUUGUCUAUCAGGUUUUGUGCCUUAAGAAACUCCAGAGCCAAAGCUCAUCUUUAAGGAACAGGAAAAAGUUGUCACAGGUUUGGAUUUGUGUGUGUUACUGCCCCCAAAUUACGCGUUAAUUUCCAUUUAUAUCAGGGAUUCUAUUUACUUGAAGACAGUAUGAAGCUGACAUUUUGUCUCACAUUUUCUUUUACAUAAGUGGGAUCCAUUAUUUCCCCCAAAGGCCUCUGGUUAGUACAGAUAAAAACAAUAGGAAAAACAAAAAAUACUUUUUUGUUUAAGUGACAUCAUAGUAGGAUGACAAAAACAAUACAAGAUUAAAGUAUACAAGGACAAUAUUUGGUCGUAUGUUCUUAAAAAAGAAAAGAAGGGAAUGUAACAGUUUCUCAAAAUGGGAGCCUUUAUAGGUAGAUUUGAUACCGACUGGCACCGAUGUGACCAUCCCUCAUCUUUUACAUUUGUAAGAUUCUAACAGGGGGACUGUGUUGAAGUUUUGGGCUCAGCGUGAUGGUACUUUCCACAAAGGCCAAAACUCUUAACUGUAAUUUCCAAAAAUAUGUGGUCGUAUUCUUAACUGGAAUUCUGGCUUUCAGAAGGUUAACCCUCUGUGGAUUAUAAGCCCUUUGGCUUUGCCUUUAUGGAAAUCCUUUCUAAAUUGCAUGCAUUGGCUUUUUUGUUGAGCCAGAUUAAGAAAAGCAUUGACUGUAAUUCUGCAAUACCUUCCCAGGAUGGUAUUGGAUGAUCCAAAAGGUUCACUUUCAUGAGUUUGUCCACGUUAGUUUACUUCUGACCACUAAUAGCAGGGUUUUUUUUUAAGGUUUCUAAUUAGCGAAUCAACAAACUGCAAUAUUUCCUAGGACCUGUUGUACUUUUUUAAACUAUGGGUUUUUAGUUUUUCUUGAUGGUGGUGGCUAUGGUAUGUUGAGGUCAGUUUACUAAAGGUUUUACUGUCACGGUUUAAAGUGGAUUCUCACGACCUCUCAGAAUAAGGGGUGACCAUCCUCAAAUUGCAUAUAUUAAUAUAUGUGCCUUUAUGUGGCAGGCAUUUUAGAAACAGAUACUUUAUAGAAUGAGCACUUGAAAAGCACACGCAGCUAACUACCAAAAUAUAUCGAGUGUAGUAGCUGUUCAGCUCUUUGUAUUUAGAAAUCUGGUUACCAUUCAGUCAUAUAAACCACACACAAUAAGGCAUUUGUGAAUAGUCAUGAUUAGUAUUGUAGGCAACUGAAAUGCCAAUCAUAAUAAUGAUUGUUCAAACUUUAGACAUAUUUAUAAUGUGCAUAUGUUUAUUUGGUCUUUAGAGGGGAAAGGCUAUCAUAUAAACAUGUUUCUAUCUCAUUUCUGUUUAACGUUACAGGGUUUUUUAAUGAAACAAAAUUCACUUGAAAUAAAUGACAGUUUUUAUCACCAUUCAGAGAUCUCUACUUCAAUUUUUGGAGGGAUUACUGACCCAGGUCCUUAGUGAUGAAAGCUAAUGAGUUCUCCUGAGAUCAAAAAAAAAAAAGAGCUCAAAAAAUUAACUUUCAUAAUCCACUGAUUUUCUUGGCCAAUUGGAUGGACCAAAUAGUCCAAACAGAUUUCAGUAGGUUUCAGACUGAUCAAAGCAGAUGCUAUUUUACCAAGUCCAGGAAGGGAGAGUAUUAAUUUGUGCCUCAGGCUUGACUAAGUAUUAAAUGGUUGACGUUUGGGGUUGUGUUUUUGUCUUUUCAGAUGUCUUUGUCCAAAACUGAUAGGAAACAUCUGUCACCGCUACAUGUAACCCACUAGAAUGUUGAUUCUCAAAGUCUGGUCCCUGAGCCAGCAGCAUACCAUACCCUGGCACUUGUUUGGCAUGCAAAUGUUUGUGCCUUGCCCCAGAUCUGCGGAGUCAGAAACUCUGGUGGUGGGGACCAGUAAUUGGUGUGUUCAAAAGCCUGAAGGUUGAUUCUCAUGCAGCACCAUAGAACAUAAAGUCUCAGAACCAGCACCAUAGAACAUAAAGAACUCAUGAAGAAACACACAGAAAUCUAGCACACAUUUCCAUGUCUACCUAGUAUGUGUCACAGCUCCAGAGGUAAAUAGUUACUGGAGUGUCCAGUGACAGAAGACUCUUGGCAGUUGGCAUUUAAAUCAAAAUGACUAAUUAAGUGUCCUCAAUAACCUGAUCUGAAGAACAGAAGAGAAGGUCCGUGUCUGAGAAAUAUCCUCAUUAUCCUUGUUGUCUAAAAUCAGCACUGUUUCAUUUCUUCUAGGAAGUGUUCUUAAGAUCAGUCUUCAGAUUGGGUAGCCCUGUGUG